UACCGGCACGUGAGGCUAGAAGCGGGUUUUGCAUUUUGCGCACCUAUUGACUUGCUCGCGUGUGCGUCGGUACGCAUUAAUAACCGCAAAUAACGGUGAACUAACAUUAUAAACAUUGUUCUUGAACCAAGUGACAACAGAGAGCGUCAAACAUGCUCAGGUUCGUCGAGGUGAUAGUGAUAGUGAUGAUGAUGGUUCUUCUUUCCGACAUUGUGACUUCUAGACAGUUUCUUCUCGACUUCUCGACUGGUGUUGAGAAUGUGAAGGUAGAAGGAAAGACCGUCACUUUAAUCUUCAACACGUCUGAACUGGCACCUGUCCGUAAAGUCACAUUACAAGCAGCCGAAAACGGGAGAAUUGUGUCUCGAAACUGUUCACUUGAGGAAAAGAUGUCGGGAUGUAAAGACGUCACGUCACCUCGAAUCAUUGCACAUAUCGGCCAUGAGAAUGUUUCUGUAGUUAUUCGUAACUUUACCGCACGUGACGCUGUUGGAUACACUUUACAAGCUGUCGGAAACGAGGUCAAGAAUAAAUCUUUCAAUUUGACUAACGAACCUCUGAAAAUGAACAGCAGCACAGAAACUCCACCUUUGACAACUGCUCCAUUCUCCAGAAACAUUGUCAAAAUAGUGCUAUCUGUAGUAGGUGGUGUUGUUGUUGUUGUUGUUGUUCUGCUGGCUGUCAUUUGCAUCAAAUUUAAAAAGAAACGUCAUUCUUCUGUCCCGACUUCAGACUGUGAAAAAGGAGCAACGUCUGGAUUUCAUCGCAACAACAACUGUCUAGAUAAUGAAGCUGACCAGAACCUUUGAUCUGUGUCGGUCGGUGGUGGAAUUAACCUCCAAACUUCACCAGAUUUGCUGAGAUCAUGACAUGUUCAUUUGAUCAUGUUUUUUCUUCUCUCUAGCUGCGUCCCAAUUCACGUACUAUCCGUCCUAAAUAGUAUUCCAAAGUAGAAUUAGUAUGUCAUGUUGAAAAGAGUAUUCCAAAGAUUCCCGGAUGGUCGACUACUUCCGGUAGAAAUUGGAAGUGCAGAAUGAUGCACACUCUAACGGCUGAUAUUACCCACAAUUCACCGCGAGUAGGUGGAGUUUAGUGAUGCUCCACUGCAUUAAAAAGUUUCAAAAGUUUCCAUCUUUUUGGCUCAUUCACAUUUAUUGCUGCCCUUUGACCUUUUGAGAUCACCCCUUUUGUUAUUGCGUGCCUUUUGUAUUAAAUGUUCCACCAGUUUGUCACCAACAUUCUUGUUUUCAUGUCAGUCCUUGUCUUUAUUCGUUUAAUGUUGUUUGUGACUUGUUUUCCUGUGUACCGGGGAAAGCAGACAGGGAAGAAAGUCACGCGACAUACAUUUUACACACGUAGGUUUUAGAAUUAUUCUGUAUUACAUACACUGGACUAGGAGUGAGUGCCACCCCAUGUAUGUUUUGUGCUGGGCUAGUUAGUGUAGUUUAGAAGACCUGCUUAUUUUAUUCUUUAUUUUCAUUAGUUAGGUUAGAGGGCAUUAAAAUGAGUUAGUUUUAUUACGUUUUGUUAUUUUUGUUUCUUAUAACUGUUUCCCUGGAGUGAGUUUUUAACCGCAAUUUCUGAGUUCCUUUUUAAAACACGAUACAUUUGCAGAUGUACAAACAUACUGUAGGCUAAAAUAUCUAAUCAUGAAAUUUCAUGAGUAGGCUACCGAACAUUUAUUUUAUUUAUCGUUUACUUACAUGUGCUUUGGAAGGAUUAACUGUUUUCACCAUGGUAAAUCGCUGUAACGACCUUGCUCCAUUGAUAUGUACUAGACAUUAUUUUGCGUUUAUGAACUGUACAUUAUUAUGCUGGUGUAUGUGACAUAAAAUAAAUACA